AUGGCACAGGCACACGGUACGUGCGACCCCAAGUUCCAGGGGGUCCGCGACAGGUUCCAACAACUCCUCGAAUCCGGCCAAGAGCUCGGGGCGUCUCUCACCGUCACCAUCGACGGCGAGGAAGCCGUCAACCUGUGGGGCGGGUACGCGGACGCCGACCGCACGCGGCCCUGGAACGAAGACACCAUCGUCAAUGUCUGGUCCACGACAAAGACCAUCGCCGCCCUCGCCGUCCUCCUCCUCAUCGACGACGGCCAGCUGGGCCCGGACGAUAAAGUGUCCGAGUACUGGCCCGAGUUCGCGGUCAACGGCAAGGAGGACAUCCGAGUCCGCCACCUGCUGUCGCACACCGCGGGGCUCGCCGCCUUCGAGGACCCCAUCACCUUCCCGGACCUGUGCGACUUCGACGCCGCCGUCGCCCGGCUCGAGAAGCAGGCGCCCCAGUGGGAGCCCGGCACGGCCUCGGGCUACCACUGCUGGACCUACGGCUUCCCCAUCGGCGAGCUCGUGCGCCGGCGGACGGGGUUGGGCCUCCGGGACUUCGUCUCCCAGCGCAUCGCGGCGCCGCUCGACGCCGACUUCCAGAUCGGCGCCUGCGAGGAGGACUGGCCCCGCGUCGCCGAGCUGGUGCCCCCUCCCCUGCCCCCUUCCCACCUCGUCCCGCCCGCGCCCGACCCGGACUCCUUGUUCGCCAAGAUCCUGCGGCCCACCCCGGACGCCAGCUUCGCCAACACGGCGCCCUGGAGGCGGGCCGACAUCGGCGCGGCCAACGGCCACUCCAACAGCCGCGCCAUCGCCAAGAUCUGGUCGAGGGCCCUCACCCUCGCCGACGACGGCCGCCGCCUCCUGUCGCCGCGGACGGUCGACCUCGUCUUCACGGAGCAGUCCUACGGCACCGACCUCUUCCUCGGGGUCCCCGCCCGCUUCGGCACGGGCCUCGGCCUCCGCGGCAACGGCGACGCCCUCGUCGACGCCUGGCUGCCCGAGGGCCGCCUCUGCUUCUGGGGCGGCUGGGGCGGCUCCAUGGUCAUCAACGACGUCGACCGCCACCUCACCAUCGCCUACGCCAUGAACAAGAUGGACGCCGGCUCCGCCGGGAACGACGCCGUGAGGUCGUACGUCGCCGAGGUCUACAAGGCGUUGGGGGUGCCCAUUCCCGGCGCCGGCGGGAAGCUGUGA